GUAGUCGACGCCCAGCAGACGCCCAGACAGGGCGCCCAGCAGACGCCCAGAAAAGGAGCCACUCACGGCGCGGACAUGGAUAACCUUCUCCAUUUGCUCAGCUUUCUGCAAAACAGACCCACACUGCUCCUGGUGGUGCCUGUGAUGAGUUCUGCUCUUACAAACAUCUGGCUCACUUCAAAGAACAUCGCCUUUCUUUCUAGAGAUGGAUUUAUCGUUUAAGUUGGAUUUCUGUGAGCCGUGCGGCAAACCGUGAAAGCUGUGCAUCUGGGGAUAUGGACGUCUUUGGCAUGGAGACGCAACCCGGCGCCUCCAACAGCACCUCCCCAGAGCUCAACCUGUCCAGCGCACUCCCUGGCACCGUCCUGGCGAACCAGACGGGAGAGCUCUCCGAGCACCAGCAGUAUGUGAUUGGGCUUUUCCUCUCCUGCCUGUACACCAUCUUCCUCUUCCCCAUCGGCUUCGUGGGGAACAUCCUGAUACUGGUGGUGAACAUCAGCUUCCGGGAAAAGAUGACAAUCCCGGACUUGUACUUUAUCAACCUGGCGGCGGCUGACCUCAUCCUGGUGGCCGACUCCCUGAUUGAGGUGUUCAACCUGGACGAGCAGUACUACGACAUCACUGUGCUGUGCACCUUCAUGUCCCUCUUCCUCCAGAUCAACAUGUACAGCAGCAUCUUCUUCCUCACGUGGAUGAGCUUUGACCGGUACAUCGCCCUGGCCAAGGCCAUGCGCUCCAGCCUGUUCCGCACCAAGCACCACGCCAGGCUGAGCUGCGGCCUCAUCUGGAUGGCCUCUGUCUCUGCCACGCUGGUGCCCUUCACCGCGGUGCACCUGCAGCACACGGAGGAGGUCUGCUUCUGCUUUGCAGAUGUCAAGGAGAUCCAGUGGCUGGAAGUCACCUUGGGUUUCAUCAUCCCCUUCGCCAUCAUCGGCCUGUGCUACUCACUCAUCGUCCGGGUGCUCAUCAAAGCUCACAAACACCGAGGCCUGCGCCCGAGAAGGCAGAAAGCCCUCCGCAUGAUCUUCGCAGUGGUCCUCGUGUUCUUCAUCUGCUGGCUACCAGAGAACGUCUUCAUCAGCGUCCACCUCCUGCAGCGCACACAGCCAGGAGCCGCUCCCUGUACACAGUCUUUCCGCCACGCCUACCCGCUAACUGGCCACAUCGUCAACCUGGCAGCUUUCUCCAACAGCUGUCUGAACCCCCUCAUCUACAGCUUUCUGGGGGAGACUUUUCGGGACAAACUGAGGCUGUACAUUGAGCAGAAAACCAACAUGUCAGCUCUGAACCGCUUCUGCCAUGCUGCCCUGAAGGCAGUCAUUCCAGACAGCACCGAGCCGUCGGAUGUAAAGUUCAGCAGCGCUGUAUAGAGGCGGCUGAGCGGUGUCAGCACAGGCCCAACACUGUGUCGCCCCAGGGCAAGGCAGGAGGAAGGGCAAGGCAGGAGGAAGGGCUGGGCCACACCGUGCCCUGAGCCUAGUCAGAACUUGCCAGCCCGCCUGUGCCCCAGCUGUGGGCACACGUGGGCUCUCAGGAGCCCACACUCCAAGCCACCCUGACUUUGGGCCGAGCACACAGCACUGGGGCUCCCCACCCACAUCACGGCUGCGGGGCAUGGGGCUGGCGUGAGCAGGUGCAGGGCAUGGGGGCCACUCUGCACACACUGUGUCCCACAGCAAAGGACAUUUCUCAUGUUGGCCAAUGAAAGCAAAACGAAGGAGACAUUUUGGAGGCAAGACCUUAGUUUCAAGGUCAAUCUGCCAUAAAUCUGCCAUCCUUGGGAGACAGAACACACUCAGCAGAUCUGAACUGGAUACUACGGUCCAUCCCCCACGUCUGUGGCCUAUAGUUUAUUAUGAGUACUAACAAGUGCACUUGAGUUAGAGGGGAACGGAGGAGCGCUUCUCCCAGGCACACCCCUCAGAGUGGCCCCUCGCCGACAGCAACUGUGUGACCCUGAGCACUCGGGCUGCCUCAGCAGGAAGACUCUCCUGCAACCAGAGACCCCCUGCUGUCCGAGUCGCCGGCCCAGUGCUACCUGUUUGCGGGUGCCUCUGCACCUACACCACCAGGGAAGGAGCCCAUGGGGGUACAGGCUGGGGAGCCAGCGUGUAUGGGAGAAAGUUAGCCUCUGAGAGUAACAGUGGGGACGAAGAUGACGGCAAUGUAUACAGAUCUCCUUAAAAUGUACAAAAGAAAAACUAGUGAUUGCUAGGAACGUCCAGCCUUUCUCAAUAAAACAUAGUCACAUCCUGAUUCUCAAUUCUCUUGAGUUGUUCGCUGCGGGGUAGGGGGGCAGCAGGAUGGGGUCCUUAGGCCUCGGCAGCAGAACCAGUCUUUCCUCACAAGGAAACCCCCGUCCCUGGCGUCACUAAGCUCAGGACCCAGCCAGAGCUCCCUCACAGGA